UAACAUUACAGUAUGGACAUAUAACCGUAAUAAUCACAUAAUAUAACAUGCUGUCGUUUGAAUUAUCGUACGGGAGUUGUAUAAUAAAACAACUACAUGUAAAUAAACAUUAAACGAGGGCUUAAACGCUAUUGAUUAACCGAUAAAUCAAGCAGACCGAAUCGUUAAUAUAGCUUUAUCUCCAUGUCAUUCAAAAGGGAAGUGAUAUCCAGUUUUAAAAUGGCGUCCGGUGGGAGUGAAUAUACGUCGGAUGAGAUUUUCAAUUUUAAAUGUUCGCCUUGUCUAGCUAGCAAUCGGAAUAGAGAAGCUGUGAAAUAUUGUGUGGAAUGUCAGGGAUAUUGUUGUCAGUCCUGUGCUGACAUAAUUCAUAUUAUGCCUGCUUUAAAAGGUCACACACUUUUGGAUAACUCAAAUUAUAAAUCAUCAAGUCUCAAUGUAGGAUUACCAGCAGUACCGACGGAGAGAUGUAGCACACAUGAGACAAAGAUCGUGGACAUGUACUGUGGUAACCAUGAUGAGGUUGGAUGUACAACUUGCAUGGCUUUAAACCACAGGUCUUGUGCUGAUGUGCAAUCCAUUCCAGAUAUUGUCGAUAGUAAAUUUCAUACGACAGAUGUUGAGAAAAUACACCAAAAAUUGCAAGAUUUGAAAAUUAUGAUGGAGAAAGUUAUGAAAACUAGACAAAGACUGAUGAACGACUUAAAGAAGUCUAAGACGGAAGCAGUAAUGGCGAUAAAGGACUUUCGAAAAGACAUGGAAACAAUUCUUGAACAACUAGAAAAAGAAUCGAUUAAAGAAUUGGAAAUGAAGUUCGUUGAAGAAGACUUGAAAUUGCUGGAAGAGAAGAAGAAAGCAGAAAUUGAAUUAGAUGGUCUGAAACAAGCAGUGAACGACUUGAAGAAAUCAGAAGGAAACAAAGCCCAACAUUUUGUCUCCCUGAAAAUGUCAUUGAAAAGUAUUGCUAAAACGGAAGACGCAUCUCGUUUAUUGCAAACAAGUGUUAAAGUAAAUAUAGCCUUUAGCUUUGAUCCUGCUAUACUGGGAUUUCUGCAACAGUUGAAAACUUUUGGAUCGGUCCGACAUGAUUCUGCCACUGCUUUAAGAUCGCCAAGGACAAGCGUCUAUUCUGCUAAAAGUAUCGGGGAUUUAAACAUCAGAGUCCAGAAUGACAACAAAAUAUGUUGUGUGUAUGGGUCUUGUCUAACAGAAGAUGGUUCACUACUGUUAGCUGAUUAUAGCAAUAAUAAGAUUAAACGUGCAGAUAUUGAAAAAUUGUCGAUUACAGAUUAUUGCUGUGUUCCUGGUGCACCUUUGGGCGUUUGUUGUACAAGUAAAUUUGAAACUGCGGUCUGUCUGAGCAGUAACAUAAUUCAGUUUGUUUCCCUUGGCAAUCAAAUGACAACCACUCGUCAGAUAAGAAUGAACCAUUAUUGUUUUGGCAUUGGCUAUAAAGACGAUAAACUAUACAUAACUGACACUGGAAAAUCGAUAUAUGUAUACGAUAUGACAGGCAACAAGCUGAUGAUGUUUACUCAAAACAAAUCCGGGCAAAGUCUGUUCUCAAACAAUCGAAAUGUUGCUGUCAGUGAUGUUGAUGAUAAAUUGUUUGUUGCCAGCGGGGAUAAAGGUCUAGUUAUUACUGAUGAACAAGGAAACCACUGUCAGACAUUUACUGAUUCAGAGUUAAACAUAGCGUCUGGAGUUUGUACAGAUCGUAGAGGAAAUCUGUUUGUGUCCGGGUGUAACUCAAAUAACGUGAUACAGAUAGGGAGAGAAGGGAAGAAAAUGGGCGUGGUCGCAAAAUCAUCAGAUGGACUUGUCGGGCCAGAAUCAGUUUGUUUUGACACAAGACAAUGCAAAUUAUUUAUAACACAACAAAACGAUACUGUCAAAGUCAUCUCUUUGCAUUAAAGGGUAUUUAUCUGACGAUGUUUUGCAUGUACAAGCAUGUAAUACUUUUCUUUCUUGUUUUUCAUUUUUGCACAAUUUGCAUGUAAUCAAGGAACGCUUUUAACCACAAUAUUUUACGUAUUCAGUUUUGCUUAAUUCUUGACAUAUAUUUAAAAUGGACAUUUAAAAAACGCUGUUCAAAGCAGUGCGAUAGUGAAAUUACUUCUCAACAACUUAACUGUUAAUAGAAUAUAAGACGUGUUUUAUUGCUUUCAGCUUUUAUCCGGCACAGCAUACUACUAGCGUGUUAUAGUGGGGAGGGAAUUCCAUAAAAACGUAAAUGGUGUUACAAGGCAUGAAACUUUCAGGAAAUGGUAACUAGACCAUAGGAACUUCAAAAGUUACGUGGGCCCUCAAUUAUCUCUGCUCGUUCAAGAUGGCCGCCAUUUUCAAAAUGGCCGCCUAAAAUUAGUCUACAAGGACACAUAUGAUUGAAAUAAAGCUACCAAGGCAACCAUUAUUGCACUUAUAAUUGCCUUAUAUGGAUUUAAAUUCUUUGAGAACUCUCAACAGUAAAUAUCUGAAUUAUUUCCGGUAAUGUAAACAAGAUGGUGGCUAUUUUCAAAAUAGCCACAAGUUCUAUAACUAGAAAUAUACAUAUGGAUAAUGAACAGUUGUCAAAAUGUUCAUAAUAAUCUAGCAUUGAUUGAAAUAUACAAUACAUAAUUUAAUCAAUUUGGUGUUAAUAAUAAUUCUUGUAAUGAUGACGGCAGUUUUCAAAAUGGCCGACCUAACGAAGUCGGAAUCAUAAGUAAAACCUUCAGUAAUCUGAUUAUUAAAGUUACAUUUCACAUAAAUUUAUUGGUAAUAUCAAUAUCAUAAGCAGUUUACACAGUUGUAUUAUAUGUAUAAGGCGCUCAGUGCUUCCGAAACAGAGAGAGAGAGAGAGAGAGAGAGAGAGAGAGAGAGAGAGAGAGAGAGAGAGAGAGAGAGACAUCCAAUGGGUUUCCUCUAUAUGUAUUUUGUCUACCUACCGGUUUCAUAUCAUAAUCAUCAGGGCAGACAUAAUAUAAAAAAUGUGUAGUUGCUACGCAACGUCACAUGUGUACGCAUGUGUAAGCAACGUUAUAUUAUGGCGUCAUCAAUAUUUGUUCAGUUUUGGUUUGAAAAUAUGUAUUAUUUUAUUUGAUGUUAUAUUAUUUAGGGGUGCAAUAUAUUUUAGAUAUCUAGUAUACCUGAAUAAAAGAUAUAUGAUUUG